AUGGCGCAGACGCACUCCCCCUCUCCGCAGCCGGAUCUCAACCGGAACAGGCUCCCCACGCUCUUUGAGGUGCUGAGCAGAAGAACGUUGGCACCCGUCGAUCUCUUCUUCUACUACAUAUACAUGAGAGAUCAGCAAAGAUCUGUGGAUUAUCUGGACUUCUGGCUCGAUGUUGCUCAACACAUGUCAAUGUGCCGCCACUAUGUCCGUGAACUCAGACGGUCCGUAUUAGUAGGAACACCGGAUGGCGAGAGGUCUGCUUCAAAGCGAUCAUCCGCAUUGCUUGAAGGUCUCGGAGACAUACAGGCGGGCCCAUCAGGACCAUCGGUGCUGGCAGGCGAGAAGGAGAGGUACCAAGACGCUCAGAUGUCAGCCUAUCUUCGUGAAGAGGCCGCCGCCAACGCAGCUCAGAUGGGCCACUCUCCAGCUGGUAGCCUUGGAUCCAAUGUUCCCCAAGAAAACAUUGAACGCCCAAGACCAAGCUUCAUGAGCAGCCAUGGAAUGAUGACCUCGGACUCGAAUUCUCCUGAACACACCGUUGCUCGCGCCGAUAUCCGUUCCUCCGCCGAAAAAAUCCUUUACACGUUCCUCCUCCCAGGUGCUGAGCGUGAGAUCAUCCUCCCUGAUGCUAUCACCUCAGCAAUUGUCGAGUCCAUUGAGGAGCGAGGGCGUGAUGAUCCAGAAGUCUUUGACGCCGCAAAGGACUACGUAUUCCAAGCUAUGGAGCGUGAUGCCUUCCCAGGAUUCCUACGAGCAAAGGCCCUUGGCAACCUUGUCCCGCCUUCUUUAAUGUUGAGGUUGAUAAUUGGUCUCCUCUCCCUCUUUGCUGCCUUCUGGGCUGCCUUUUGUCUCAUCUUCCUUAAUGAGUCUCGACAUACCAGAGUCUGGCUCAUCAUUCCAUUCACAAUCGGCAUCUACGCUCUGUGUUCCCACCAGUACAACCUCGACCCCAUCCUUGCCCUUGCAGGCUACAGCGAGUACAGUUUCAUGGGCUUCUCCCAGAUCCGCGAGCCAUACGUGCGCCGCCUCCUGAACAAGCGAGCCAUCAUGGUCCUUGGUGUCACAAUUUUCUUCACUACCUGCGCCUGUGUUCUCUUCAUCUUUGUUCCUGGAAAGAGGUUGUGA